CACGUCCUCAACGUAGACCACGGCGUCACCAGUCCUCAGAUCUUCAGAAAUGAGCUACUACGAUCGCUGCGAUCGUGAUUUCCCCUCAGACCAUGCUUACCGUCGACACAUUCGCGACUCCCCGAGUCACAACCUCUGCGAUGACUGUGGCACAGAUUUCUCUUCUUGGCGGGGUCUCAAAGAACACUGGGUGCAGAGUCCUGACCACGACUACUGCCAAUACUGCGACGAGCAUUUUCCCGCCUGGUCUUAUCUCAUUGACCACUAUCGCAACCAUCAUGGCUACUGCGAAACGCGUAAUAGGAUCUUCAAGAACGAAAACGGACUACAUGAGCACAACAGGCAGAGUCACCAGGACCGCUACUGUGUUUCGUGCAGGCGUAUCUUCCGAUCUGAGAACAAUCUCAACUCCCAUUUGAAUUCCAGCAUUCACAAACCGAAGGACGUGAAGUGUCCCUUAUGUGACAUGGCUUUCGUGUCCAAGUCUGCUGUGAUACUUCAUCUCGAAUCCGGUUCUUGUCAGUCCGGGGUUAACCGUCAGAAGGUGAACCAAUACGUACGUCAGAUGGACCGCAGCAACGUCAUUACCAAUCCGUCGCGUCUUCUCACCGGUGGUGAUGACACCACCGUGGAUUAUAUCGCAUCUGAAAGGUCUUGGAAUGGUCAAGCAUACGAAUGUGUGCUUUGCCACUCCCGUUUCGCGGCGUUGCUUGAUCUUAAUCGCCACUUGGCGAGCCCCCGUCACCAGGACAAGAUCUAUAAAUGCCCUCUCGGCUCCUGCGGAAUACACUUCUGCACUCUCAGUGCAUUAUGCCAGCACGUUGAGAGUGAGAGCUGUGGUAUUAUGAAGAUCCAGGUUGUUAGGCACACGCUGGACAACAUGUUGUCCGGUAUUAGUCGCAUCGGAUAUUACUGAAGCAGGUAACGCUCUGUCAUCAUCCACUCAACCCAAACUCGAACGUUUGCGCAGGUUAAGAAUACCCUCGUCAUGUUAAUAAAGAAACCUAAGGAAUCCCCCCUACUGUAAACUUCUAGUCUCUGUCUACAACGUGUAUCAGUAUAGCUCUGGAGAUCGUAACAUACGAUAAAUACUUACGUGGUUUGUCCGUGGUCAUGCAAUAUAUGGGCGUUUUCGAUGUCAAACAAAAUGAGUUGGGGAUUGCCGUAGUUGUCGUAUUUACCGUGAUGUUCGGACGGUCGUCCUUCGCAGCGUCUUUCAUCUUCUCGCUA